AUGAUGGCCGGGCAUGCGUUGAAGCGACUCAUGGCAGAAUACAAACAGCUAACUGUUAAUCCCCCUGAGGGUAUCGUGGCGGGACCUGUGGAUGAGAAAAAUUUCUUUGAAUGGGAAGCAUUGAUUGCAGGCCCUGAAGGGACUCCCUUCGAAGGUGGUGUCUUUGCAGCUAAAUUGAACUUCCCUAUGGAUUACCCGCUAUCUCCACCGAAAAUGAGGUUCCUCACUGAAAUAUUUCAUCCCAACAUUUAUCCUGAUGGUCGUGUCUGCAUCUCCAUUCUUCACGCCCCCGGGGACGACCCAAUGGGCUACGAGAGUUCAGUAGAGCGCUGGAGUCCUGUUCAGUCUGUUGAGAAGAUUCUUCUUUCUGUUGUCAGCAUGCUAGCCGGUAAGGAUAACGCGUUUGAUCAUCCAUGUGAUUUCAUUUUAGAACCGAAUGAUGAAAGUGCUGCCAACGUAGACGCAGCGAAAACCUGGCGUGAAGAUAGAGAAAAAUUCUGUGAAAUAGCCAAGAAAAGCGUCCAAACCAGCAUUGGUCUUUCUGGAAUGACAGCCUAA